AUGGAAGGCAUUCAUAAUGCACAUCCGACUUUAGGUUGGGAAGUGAGUAAACGGGAAGCCGAACAUAUUCCAACGAAAGGAGAUUGUAACGAUCACGGGAAGACCACUGGUUAUGGAAUGGGAAUUGAAAUCGAUUACGAUUCAAUUGAAACUGCUCAUCGUAUCCCGGCUAAACAGAAGAAGUUAGAUGCUCUGAAAUAUCCACCGGUAUUAAUAGCAAGAUUUCAUUCUCAACCGAUUUGUCGUCAAAUUCUAUCUUUGAAAGGAGCUCUGUCUCAACUACAUGCACAACAUCCAUUUUCAAAAGUGAAAAUAUCCGAAGAUCUAUCGCGACACAACCUUGAAAUCUUCUCAACAGCACGAGCAACUUCCUCUCAGCGCGGACAACUUUCCGUUCUUUUACUUCAACACGUUGCGAGAUAA